UUGUAAAAUCAAGGGUUAGGGGCUUAUCUCUGGGAGGAUCGAUGCUGCAUAGUGUUGACUCCUUAGAGGACGGUCCCAGGGCCUGUAUUCUAACCAUGGGGCUGGAGGCCUUUUUCCUAAGGGAUAAGGCGUCCAGGGACCUGGUUCCAAUUCUGGUCAGAUCCCCCACUCGGGACGGCGUGAGGGAGGUAGUGGUCGCCUCUGCGUACUUUCCAGGCGACCGCAGCUGUCCUCCGCAGGAGAUCAGUGACUUGGUCUCCUACUGCGAGGAGGCGAAUCUUCCUCUUUUGAUUGGCUGCGACAGCAAUGCUCACCACGUUUUGUGGGGCAGCGCGGCAACGAAUAGAAGGGGGGGAGACCUCGUGAAGUUCAUGGCCUCUGCAGGGCUGCAGGUGGCCAACAGAGGGGUAGAACCCACGUUUUUCACGACGGGUCGGAGCUCGGUCAUAGAUUUAACACUUUGUACCAGGGCUCUGCUCCCGGAAAUAACUGGGUGGUGUGUCUGUGGGGAAGACUCUAUGUCGGACCAUAGAUACAUCACCUUUGGGUUGGAGAUGGGUGUUCGGGAACCCAUUAGAUUUAGGAACCCCCGGGCAACAAACUGGGAACUCUAUAGAGAGGAACUUGCUUGGCGCCUAGGGGGCUUACCAAGGAAACACCGCACAAUGGAGGAGAUUGACGAGGCCGCCGACCGAGUCAGCUCCGCUAUGAUGCGGGCGUUCGAGAUUAGUUGCCCUGAGACAGAGGAGCAUAGGGCGGGAAGGACUCCUUGGUGGAGCUCUUCCCUGGAGCGUCUCAGGAGGAAAGUGCGGAGGCUGUUCAAUACAGCGAGGAGCAGCAGCCAAGGUGCGGACUGGGAUCUCUAUAGGGAGGUCCGCAGACAGUACAGUACUGCGACGGAGUAAUGAAUACCCCGGACGCGGCUAGGCUCCUUAGGGUACUCAGAAGUGACCCUGCGGGAAGACUGGGGGUGGUCCGCAGGACCGGCGGUGGCUACACAGCGGGACCAGCGGACACACUACAACAGCUGCUGAACACGCACUUCCCAGGGUCCGCUGAUCCGGACACAGGGGGGAAUAUUGAAGCCGGGGGUCGUCUUGGAGGCGACUACGCCACGGCAAGGAGGGUGGUUACCCAUAGUAGGCUGAGGUGGGCUAUUGACAGCUUUGGCCCCUUCAAGUCGGCGGGCGGGGAUGGAGUUUUUCCGGCUCUGCUGCAAAGGGACGGAGGUCUCCUGACCAGCCCGCUGAUGGACCUGUUCAGGGCCUCCAUUGCGAGGGGGUACGUGCCCGAGCUGUGGAGACACAGCAGGGUAGUGUUCAUUCCCAAGGUUGGAGGAGGGUAUGGGCUCGGGACGGCUGUCGGUGUGCGUGUUCGCUGACAUCGAAGGGGCUUUCAAUAACACGGCCCUGUACUCGAUCUGCAGGGCGGUGGAGAGUACUGG